GAAGAAAUAAAUAUAAUUGACAAAAACAUUUACCAGGUUAUAAUAACUGCAAAAUGGACGAAGUUCAAAGGCACAGCGUUCAUACUUUAAUAUUUCGUUCUUUAAAACGUACUCACGAUAUGUUUGUUUCAAACCAAGGAGCACUACCAGAAAUAGACGACAAAUUGGAAAAAAUACGUAAAUCUAUUAAAGCACAUGACAGCUAUAGUUUGGUUUUCGAUCGAGUUGCCAGGGCGGAAAGCAAUAGAAAAUGUGCCGAAAUUGCAAACAGUGGUCGUAAAAGUAGUCUCUCUAAUCCGGAAAAAGUUCUAUAUAUUACCAAUGGCCAAGACAAUCCUGUCAACGUCAAUACCAAUGCCACCAUAUUGGCGGCUGAUACAAUAAACAAAAAUAAUUUUGAUAUUCCUUCAAGCACGGCGAUGGUUGCCAUGACUGGUAUACGUCCAUCUGUAAACAGCACUAGUAAUGUUCAACUAAUUCCUAAGAAAGCACCUGCAAUUCCGAAACCUACCUGGCAUGCACCAUGGAAGUUAGCGCGUGUUAUAUCUGGUCAUUUAGGUUGGGUUCGCUGCAUCGCUGUGGAACCGCAAAACGAAUGGUUUGCGACCGGCGCAGGGGAUCGUGUAAUUAAGAUUUGGGAUUUGGCUAGUGGAAAACUUAAGCUUUCCCUCACUGGGCAUGUAAGCACAGUGAGAGGCUUGGCGGUCAGUACGAAACAUCCGUAUUUAUUUAGUUGCGGAGAAGAUAGACAGGUGAAGUGCUGGGAUUUAGAAUACAAUAAAGUUAUACGUCAUUACCAUGGUCAUCUUUCGGCCGUUUAUUCCAUGGCUUUGCACCCUACAAUUGACGUUUUAGCUACGUCUGGUCGUGAUUCCACAGCGCGAAUUUGGGAUAUGCGCACCAAGGCUAACAUACACACAUUAACUGGUCACACCAAUACUGUGGCGAGUGUAGUGGCUCAAGCCGUAAAUCCUCAAAUCAUAACCGGUUCGCAUGAUUCCACCAUUCGUCUAUGGGAUUUAGCUGCUGGCAAGAGUGUUUGUACACUUACUAAUCACAAGAAAUCUGUACGUAGUAUUGUUCUACAUCCCACUCUGUAUAUGUUUGCGUCUGCGUCUCCCGAUAAUAUUAAACAGUGGCGUUGCCCAGAAGGCAAUUUUAUACAAAAUAUUUCCGGCCACAAUGCUAUCGUUAAUUGUAUGGCUGUUAAUGCCGACGGCGUUUUAGUUUCCGGCGGUGACAAUGGUACUAUGUUUUUCUGGGAUUGGCGGACGGGAUAUAAUUUUCAACGAUUUCAAGCUCCCUUACAACCCGGUUCAAUGGAUAGCGAAGCCGGUAUAUUUGCUAUGGCUUUCGAUCAAUCAGGUUCACGUUUAAUUACCGCCGAAGCUGAUAAGACAAUAAAAAUUUACAAGGAAGAUGAGGAGGCGUCUGAAGACACUCACCCAGUUAAUUGGCGUCCAGAAAUACUCAAACGUCGUAAAUUUUAAAAAAUUAAAAGCAUCAAUGACCGGCAUUUUUUGCUAAGUGAUUUUUUUUAAGACAAAAACAUGUUUUUGAAAAAUACUAUGGAGCUAUCUUUUCG